AUGACGGAAGCAGAUGUUGCUUCAAGUACUGGCACCGAUCUGGCCCCUGGUCUCCGUCAAAGAAACCUUCCACACCUAGAAGAAAAGACAAAGACCGGAAAGGUUGUCAGUGAAGCCCACGAAUAUGACAAGAAAGCAAAGCCCAAGUCUAAUUCAUACCUCUCUGCAUUGGACAGCUGGGAGCCUGUCCUUGUGCCUAUUAUCUUAACCGCUCUAUCAAUCUUCACGCGCAUGUACCGCAUUGGUCGCUCAAACAUUGUCACUUGGGAUGAAGCACACUUCGGCAAGUUCGGGUCUCAUUACCUGAAACGCGAGUUCUACUUCGAUGUUCAUCCUCCAUUGGGAAAAAUGUUGGUGGGUUUGUCUGGUCUCCUCGCCGGCUACAACGGGUCGUUCCCAUUCAAGUCGGGCGAAACAUACCCAGAGGAGGUCAAUUAUACAUUCAUGCGCGUUUUUAAUGCGGCUUUCGGAGUAGUAUGCGUACCGCUGGCAUACUUUACCGCUCGAGAACUUGGUCUUCGCAGGGCUACUGUUUGGCUCGUCAGUCUGAUGGUGCUUUUCGAAAAUUCGUAUGCCACCAUUUCGAGAUUCGUGUUACUCGACUCUAUGCUCUUGUGCUUCACUUUUACAACAACACUCUGUUGGGCCAAAUUCCACCGACUACGGCAUGCCAGUUUUACACCGGGGUGGUUUUUCUGGCUCUUCUUGACGGGCAUCAAUAUCGGGUGUGUAUGCAGCGUGAAGUGGGUAGGGCUCUUUUGCACAGCGAUCGUUGGCCUCUAUACCGUUGAGGAUUUAUGGACCAAGUUUGGUGAUUUGAAGAUGCCAAAGGCUGUGCUAGGCAAGCAUAUCGCCGCUCGUGUAGUAGGCCUAAUCGUUGUACCCGCCUUGGUUUACGCAUUAUCAUUUUACGCACAUUUCUUGAUCCUGGAGAACAGCGGACCUGGCGACGCUCAGAUGAGUUCUCUUUUCCAGGCGAAUCUGAAAGGCACCGAAGUUGGCAAAGACAGCCCCCUUGAGAUAGCUCUCGGAUCGAGGGUCACUCUCAAGAAUAUGGGCUACGGUGGUGGUCUUCUCCAUUCACAUGUUCAGACUUAUCCGGAGGGAUCUAAACAGCAACAAGUGACCUGUUAUCACCACAAAGAUGCAAACAAUGACUGGUUUAUUUAUCCCAACCGCCAGGAGCCCGAUUUCGACCCUUCCAACCCCCUGAAGUUUGUUGGCGACAGGGACGUGAUUCGUCUAAUCCAUGGCCAAACAGGGCGAAACUUGCACUCCCAUGCCAUCGCUGCCCCAGUUACCAAGUCUCAUCAUGAAGUUUCCUCUUACGGUAACAUUACCAUCGGCGACGAUAAGGACCAUUGGGCUAUAGAGGUUGUGGAUGAUGUUGCAUCGAGGGAUCGAAGCAGAAUCCGAACUUUGACAACGUCGUUUCGCUUGCGACAUCCUGUUCUCGGAUGCUAUCUACGUGCUGGCAAUGUCAACCUUCCGCAGUGGGGGUUCAAACAAAUCGAAACAACAUGCGUGAAGGAGAAUAAACCCUCUGAUGUCUACACACAUUGGAAUGUUGAGUCCCAUUUCAACGAGAAGCUGCCGCCAAGCGAUCCGGGGUCUUAUAAAUCCCCAUUCUUGAAGGACUUCAUCCAUCUGAAUGUUGCAAUGAUGACAUCUAAUAACGCACUUGUCCCUGAUCCCGACAAGCAAGAUGAUCUUGCCUCGAAAUUCUGGCAAUGGCCAAUCCUGAAUGUUGGACUUCGUAUGUGCUCUUGGGAUGACAACAUCAUCAAGUAUUACCUCCUUGGGAACCCUGCCGUCUACUGGGGGAGCACAGCGAGUCUCGCUGUCUUCGGGCUUCUGGUCCUAUGGUAUCUUGUGCGUUGGCAGCGAGGUUAUAAAGAGCUUUCACAAGCGGAUAUCGAUUUUAUCCAUUAUGCUGGCUUGUAUCCAGUCAUUGGAUGGGUCCUCCAUUACCUUCCGUUUGUUGUCAUGGCGCGAGUGACAUACGUCCACCAUUACUACCCUGCUCUUUACUAUGCCAUCCUAACUUUCGGUUUCUGUAUUGACUGGCUCACCCAAUCAAUGAACAACCGUAUCCGUUGGAUACUUUAUACAUCCCUGUAUAUCAUUGUCAUCGGGAUGUUCGUUCAUUUCAGGGUGAUCGUCUUUGGUAUGGAGGGUCCAAGUCAAAACUGGGCUCAUCUGAAUUGGCUGAGCGGCUGGCGAAUUUCGAAUUAA